CGCCGCAUCAUUCAAACUGGCCUCCCUCUCCGAACCUUCCCCCGUGAUCUCCCUUUCCUUGUUACAAAACGACAACAGCCCAUCCAAACCAUAACCUGCUUUCUUUGUUUUUCUCAUGCAGGCAGCAUAAAAUAAGUUAAACAAUUGCCCAAAUAUGAUAUUUCUAUUUUUAUUUUUAUUUUUUAAUUUACUGACCAAGCCUCCUCCCUCCAUUUGAUGCAUUCUUCUAUGAAUCAACUCACCAUUUUAUUUCCUCGUUGGUUUUCCAAAUAUGAAGUGCUUUCAUUUCACUAACGGAGAUCGACGAGACGACGACGAUGGCGUCGUUUCCAGAGCUUCCAAAUUAUCAUGGGCCCGGUCACUCAGUGUAGCAUCUAGUAACGUCGACACCACCAGACGGUCCGAGUUCGACUCCGAUUCCACCAGAGACUGGUCUGACUCGAAUGGCUUUUACCACUUGCUCACUCAGCGUAGAGCCAAUGAUCUCAAGGUCUUCUCUUUUGCCGAACUGAAAUCUGCUACCAGGGGCUUCAGCAGAGCCUUGUUGAUUGGAGAAGGAGGCUUUGGUUGUGUCUAUAGAGGUGUUGUCACGGUUUCUGAUCAUCAACAAAUUAAUGGUGGUGAUACAAAAUUGGAUGUUGCUAUUAAACAGUUGAAUCGUCACGGUUUCCAGGGGCAUAAAGAGUGGAUCAAUGAGGUGAAUUUUUUGGGUGUGGUCAAGCAUCCGAAUCUUGUCAAGUUGGUGGGAUAUUGCGCGGAAGAUGAUGAACGAGGGAUGCAACGGUUGUUAGUGUAUGAACUUAUGCGUAAUAAGAGCUUGGAGGAUCAUCUAUUGGCCCGCGUUCCAGCACCUCUUCCAUGGAUGACAAGGUUAAAAAUCUCCCAAGAUGCAGCUCGUGGAUUGGCAUACCUACAUGAAGAAAUGGAUUUUCAGCUAAUAUUUCGAGACUUCAAAACAUCAAAUGUUCUGCUAGAUGAUGACUAUAAUGCAAAGCUCUCAGAUUUUGGACUGGCUAGGCAGGGACCUCCUGAAGGACUAGGCCAUGUUUCGACCUCGGUUGUAGGCACUGUAGGUUAUGCUGCUCCAGAGUAUGUUCAGACUGGCAGGCUGACGGCUAAAAGCGAUGUUUGGAGCUUUGGAGUUGUUCUUUAUGAGCUAAUCACAGGAAGGCGUGCAGUGGAGAGAAAUCUACCGCGGAGUGAGCAGAAGCUUUUGGAUUGGGUGAGGCCUUAUGUCUCGGACUCUAAGAAAUUCCAGCUGAUUGUAGACUCACGUCUUGACGGACGAUACUGUAUCAAAUCUGCUCAAAGACUUGCUUCCCUGGCAAACAAAUGCCUAAUGAAGAAUCCUAAAUCCCGCCCUAAAAUGAGUGAGGUGGUUGAGAUACUGGGAAACAUUAUAUCUGAGACAUCAUCUCAAGAUGAAGAGGCCCCUCAGCCUGUUAGUGAAAUGGACGAUGUGAAGGAGGAAGCAGAACCAGACACUGAGCCUGAGUCCACCAAGCUAGGAAACAAUUAUCUCAAGAAAGUUUUUGAUAUCCGAGAGAUGGUCAAUUUGAGAAACAGAUCUAGUGGGAAGUUGGAUUGGAGAAAUUGGACACCUGGCUUGGUAAGAACUUGGUGAUGAUAACCUACCAGCUUGUGGUAGUCAAGAGAUUCGGAAUGCCUUACAUUUCCUUCAAAAUGCCAGAUAAUUGCAUUUCUGUUGGCAUAUUUAGAGAAAUGAAUAUAGAGAUACGCAUAAUUCCUGAAUGGUUGGAGGUUAUUUCUGCCACUCCCGAGUUCGUUUUGGUUUUCCAGGUAGUUGUAGAUAUAGGUCAUGAGGGAAGUCGCAUUGCUAUGCAUGCUUUUUCUUAGUACAGAUUGUAAAGCAUAAGGUUAUGUAUGAAUGCUGCUGUCAAUAUAUGAUAAAUAUUUUUCCCAA